GUCCAGGACGAGUUCAACAAAGGCUCAUUCCUCUACUCACCCAGAUCAUCAGCACUUAUCCAUCUUCCUCUCAUCUCAUCUUCACCACCUCUACCACCAGCAGCAUCUAGACCUCAGCUUCAAGAAUAACGAUGUGAAACGUCCAGAGACCUUCAUGAUGUGACCUGGCCAAGGUCAGCGGCUACCGCGUGUUUACCCCUCACACCCAGCUAUGUGGCCAGAGGAGUUUGGAGUGGGUGGGCCCUGCGAUGAUGUGCUCACAAAGUCCACACUGUCCAGACAGUCCUGUGCACACCUAGUCCCACCCCUUCCCUCACCCCUCAGCUGCCUACCUCUCCCGCUCCUGUGCUCCCCUGUACUCUUCUCCUGCUCCUCUCCCAGGGUCUGCUACUCGUUUGAAGUUCGAGGAGUUCUGGAGACGCUUUCUCUCGCUCUGUCUGACAUCUCAUCGCUCUCGACCACCAUGGUUCACAGCAGCAGCUUCUGCAGGUUCCUCCUCCUGAUCUUCCUGGGCCUCUUGGUCGCCUUUGUACACACAGAGACAGUCGCAGACUCAACAAUCAGAGACAGCCAGGACACCAUGUCUGGAGAGCCACCCAGUGACGUCACCACCAAAGACCCUUUCCAGGACAUGACGGAGCAAUCCUUCACUUUCGACUACGAGGAGACCACACACUCUCAGGCCCUGGACGAGGAGGAAGGGGUGCUGGGGCCAGGGGCCAUCACAGCCAUCGUUAUAGCAGUCUUCCUGGGAGCAUCUGUCCUCCUCGCCCUCAUCGUCAUCACACUCAGGAAGUUCACCGCCUCUUAGAGUGAACACAUCUUGUGUGCAUGUGUUUGAGUGUGUGUGUGUUUUUAUGUCGAUGUUCCUCACCUCUCGUCUUAAUCUUUCAACUCUUUCUUGCAAAAAUGAGUUGUGUCUUUUGCUUCGCUGUAGAUGCUGAAAAUUGUGGCAGGUCCCUUGACUGACUAUUUACAGAUUUACACAGUCUGAUUGUUGCUCAACAUGUCCACGUGUUACUGAAGGUUUAAUGUUAGAAACUGGCUGGCUCUUCCAGUGGAAAUCAUAGCAUGUCAUUCACUUUUUUUUCUUUAUCUUGCAUGCUUUAAGGGAUUUUUUUUAAGUUUGUGGGCUGUUUAUUUCCUGAUGUGAAGUAUCCUGCAUGUGUUUGCUUUAUUUGUACAUGAGGUGUGUUUGCUUUUGUCAGUCUGUGUCUUUUUCCAUUCUAUAACAAAGAUAUUUCAGAUUUGUGUCUAAACAUGAGUUGUUGUUUUUUUUAUUAGUCUUUCACAAUGAUUUUAAAGUAAAGCCAGAUUCAUGUCUAAAAUAUUCCCCUGGUGUCACGGUGCACAAGUUUGUAUUGCACCAUUUACAAACAUUUGUAGAGUCAAAAUAAGGAGAAAACAUUUUAGAAAGGCUUCUUCGAUGAAUGUAAACAGGGAGUUGGGUUGUUUUUACCUGCAGAGCAAAUACAAAGUUAGAGCGUGGAUGAAUUUGUGUUUGCACUCAAGUGAGUGUUUUUUGUCGUUGUUAUAUUUGCAGGGGGGUUGGAAAUUAUUUUAGUAACAUUAUUUUGUCUUUUUCUAUACGCCUCAGAGUCGUCAGCCAUCCAGCUGGAUGUUGCCAUGGUAAUGUCACUGCCAGAUUAUCUUGUGAGAUUUAAGAUGAAUAAAUAAAUACAAUAAAUUA